AUGAGUAAUAACAUAAAUACAGAAAGGGUACCAUUAUUAGAAGCGCGGGAAUAUCUUCAAAAUCUUCAAAAUCCAGUUAAUUGCAAAGAACUAUGCUGGCGUCUGUGCAAACGAUGCUGCCGUUUGUGCAAAGAACAAUUCUGGGUUUUGUUUGCAAUAACUAUGAUAUUAUUAUUAAUUAUACCAAUAAUUGUCUUUGCUAUUUCGCCAUAUGCGAAAUUUCCGAAAUUACCGACUGACGUAUCAAGAAUUCCUUAUGAAUAUAGAUUCAGAUGUAAAAGUCACUGGAAAUGUAAUUACAUUAUUGAAGGUUAUCCAACUGAAUUUAAUAGUGAAAGUAAUUCAUUCAGUUCGAUUAAAGACGACAAUCAACCCAAGUUCAUAAAAUAUGCCGAGAUCAUAGUUCCUUAUUUGAAAUAUGGAAAUUUCAACGUUAUAGAGUUUAGACAUUAUCCAAACGGUACUGUAUUCCCCGUUUCAACUGUAAACUCUAGAAUCCGUAUCUAUUCUACAAAUGAAAUAGAAAUUGUAUUUGCUGCGCCUGAUGACGCUGAUUUAGAAUUAUUAGAAUCUUGUAAAUACCGAAUUUCUUGGACUUGGUGGUUUAAUGGUUAUAUUUGGAAACAAUGUAACAAUGCGAACGAAACAAUUUUCAAACAAAUUGCUUUUUUUAAAGGAAAUCCUAGUUGGGGGUUGACUUUGUCAUCUAUAGAUGGAGGAAUAAAUUACGGCUAUAGCACUAUGUCAUCUUUUUUUUGGGAUCUAUAUGCGAGAAAUAUAUUCAUCAAUCAGACUGCUCCAUUUCCUCCGAUCAUACCCGCUCUAUACAUUGCUCAUUAUUAUCACUUGAGUUACAGACAAAAUCGAGAUCUAACCGAUUAUUGA